GAAAUUUGAAAAGAAAGUAAAGAAAGUAAACAACAACUUUCUAAAUACAUUAAUAGAUGGCGCUGAUAAAAGAUGAAAAAUUAAACUUUUUAUUUUUGAAUUUGGCGGUAAGAAAUUUGUAACCAGCAAGUAACCGGUUAUUUGUAACUGGGGGUGAAAGAACCACAGUUACUGGUUAUACUAACCAAACUAGCCUGUAACCGACGUAUCUCUACUUAUGCUCACAUGCAGUGAAAAGGGCAGCCAGGCAACCAUUUCUGGUUGCCAUCUGUCUAAGGCUUUGCCGCCCGUUUUGAAUAGAAGAUACAGAGACCUGUCAGUAAUUUAGAUUAGAUUUUUUUUCUUCGUAUUCAGUAUUUGAGUUACUAUUCUAAUUUCUCUAAUUAUGGAGAACAGGCUUUCUUCCAAAGAUAACAUUUUGAUUGUUUGCUCGAGUGAGGAUAAGAUUGAUUCCUCUAAAUCCAUCAUUGAAAAUCUUCGUGAUACCAUCGGUGUCGAAGGAAAUUUAUUUGUUGAAAAAGUUUCGCAAUUAACUAAAGAUAAACUUCAACCUUCAAGCUUCCACAAAAUUUUCUAUGGUUAUAUUGAUGUUACACCCAGUAUCAAGCAACUGAAUGAUGCUAUUUUGGAUCAGUUAAUCAAAUUAGUUCGUCCAAAAGGACAACUGUUUAUCAAGAAUCUGUUCAAGAAUAUCUGUGAUUACAGUCAUCAGUAUUUAAGAUUCAUCUCAAGAUCUUCGAAUGGGCAUCAGAGGUGAAAAAUAACAAAUAGAUUCAUAAGUAUGUGAUACUUAAUAAUCAAUGGGAAUCAAGAAGCAUGGAAGUUCAU